AGAAAAAGAAAAAAAGGUCAAGCUCUGAACAAUAGUACUAAAACCUCCCCGGCGCUGAGUAUUAAAGCUCAGAACCAAAACAGACCUAGAAACAAACCCAUCGAUGGAGGUCUCUUGUCAAUUCAAUUCUUUCAAGGAAGACAACAGUGAAAGUGGAGACUCCGACCCAGAAUACGAUUCGGAUGAAGACCCGAGUUACAGCAUUCUUGAAGAAACCCAUGCCAAGUUCUCUAACCUCUCAAUCGAGAAGAAGAAGAAAUCAAAGGCUCGGAUUGCUGAAGAUAUGAAUAUGGGUAGUAAGGGAGAUCCACAUGACGUGGGGGUGGUUGUGCCAGAACUUGAUGAGGAAGACGCGAAAAGCUUUGAAAAAGUGCAAAAGAUCAUAGAAGAUGGUCAGCUGGAGAAACUGAAAGUCGACCAGUGUAAGGUUUAUCUGAGGAAGAAUCGAUUGAGACUGACUGGCAAUAAAGAUACGCUCAUUCAGCGCAUUAAGGAGCAUACAGAGAUUGUAAAUGGAGGGGAGAAGAAAUACCCCAUCUCUAGUUUUGUAUUGAAUUGUAAAGGUGAUGCAUGCACUGGUGAUGUUGUUAUGUUUGAGCAAAAUGUUUAUGAAAUGUUCAAUAUAGCAUCCCGAAGUGCCAGUGGUCCUCCUUGUGGCACAAGGAUUGUUGCAGGGCGCAUUGUGAAAGAAAGUUAUGGUGCUGCCAAGCAACAGCAUACUUUCACGAUAGAAGUACUCUGGAGCAAGGGAGAGAAACCAUUCCCUCCACUUCAUCCCCUCCUAAUUAAGGGUCGAAACCUUUACCGGUUGAAGACUCUGAGACAGAGAUGGGAAGAUGAAGGGGAGAGGCGGAAAAUUCUGAUGGACAAGCACUCCAGGGGGUGUGUUGCUAGGUCUGAUAGAGAAGCACGGAUCCAAGAGAAGGAAAUGAGGAAAGUGCUCAAGGAAACUAGAAAGGAGUCAAAGAGGAACCACUCUCAGUUCAAUUCAUCCUUAGCUGAUGCAAUCCAGCCACUACAGUCAGGGAAACCGGCAGUUUCCCAGCAGCAGUUUGGUGUAUCCAUUGCUGGGAAACCAUCAAUGAGAUAUCAGCAGCCGGGGUUGUUGAGUGAUUUAGGAAAGCCAACAAUGCAAUCUCAACCAGCAGAUUUAUCUCUUGCACCACCAAGACAGGCGGCAUUACAAAGUAAUUAUCGCCAGCAAGCUUCUCAUAACAUUGUUGGCUGUCGGGAGGUUCCUCACCUAAGAGGUUAUGAAUUUCAUUCAAAUUACAAGCGGCCAAACUUUCACCCGAAUGACCAUCAAGUUCCUGCUAAUAAAUAUUCAAAUGUUAGCGGGACAAGAGGGUCAUCAUCAUCAGACAGUACUUAUCAUAGGCAGCCAUUGGCAAACAUGAACCUCUUUCCACCAAUGAAUCCAUUGCCCAGGCAACGCCACAAGCAACCACAGCUGUGCCGAUAUUAUGCUCAAGGGAGGUGCCAUUUUGGAGAUAAUUGCAAAUUCGUUCACGAAUCAAGAAGGACACUCUAUUUAUAAAAAAUAUCCAGUGAUCAGAGGAAGUUGAGAAGAUGGGCUUUUUGAACACAAAAUAUUCAGUCCGAACCUUGGCGAUUUUGGUGGAAGCUUAGAGAUUAUUUUGUUCAACGAGUUCGUUGAAUUUUGUGUUUUCUUUAAAUGCUUGUACUUCGUUGGGCUUCUCGGAAAUUACUUAUUUUGAACAUCGAUCAGGAUCCCCUACAAUUAAGUGAUUUAAGUGAUUUUCAAAUUACGUGA